AUGGAUUCGGCAUCGGGUUCGCCACUGGAGAGCACCGCGCCCACAAGGAAAAGUCGACUCCCUCAAACGGAUCUCUUUUCGGAAAGCGGCAACCAUGCUACUGCCUCCUCUGCGGCCUCGCCCUCCCCCCUCUUUAGCCCCCGUGACGGUGCGGAGCGGCUGAUGCUGCCGCUGUCGUCGAGUGGGCCCUCCUCCGCUGGGCCCGCGCACGUCCUCGUUGUCUCGCCGGCCGAGGACGAGGAGAGCGACGCCGGCUCCGGGGAGCUUUCCCACAUGCGACAGCUCGAUGCCGCCUUGGCAGCGAACGCGCGAGAGCGGGCGCUGCACGCGAAAGAGGUCGAGGUCACCCACCUGCGCCGCACGAUACAGGAGCUGAGCGUGCAGCUGAACAACGCGCUGCACACGCUGGACGCCCGUGCGGAUGCGUCGGCGCAGCUGCAAGCGUUGAAGGACGCCGAAUCCGCGAAGGACGAGCGCCGCGACGACGACGUUCGAUUGGUGCGACUCGACAUGCUGGAGAGCCGUGUGAAGUACCGCACCAUGGAGGAGGAACUCGUUGCCAGGUACAACGCUGAUGUGCAGGCAAAGGCGACGGAGCUGCUGGAGACGCACACAAAGGAGGUGCAUGACGAGAACUUCGAGCUGCUGCGGGAGAAGGUGCGGCUUGCGGAGGAGGUGACGGUGGGCCGCGCCGCGUACAAGGAGCUGCAGGACAGCUACAGGAAGCUGCGGCGGGAGACGGACUUGGACGUGGGUGCGAAGCAGCAACUGCUGCAGCGCAGUGUGCAGCAGAAGAACCAAAUUGCCUCGCUGCGGCAGCAGGUGAAGACGGACGAGGACAACCUGAACACGGUGGUCUGUGAGUACGACAAGAAGCUGGCGGAGCAAGAACGCCGCCACCAAGCAGAGGUGAAUGCGCUGACGAAGGAGCGGGACGACGCCCGCCACGACGCGCUGCGGUUGAGGCGUGAUCUUAACCAACUCCGCAGCAGCGCCGACAACGUGCUGUCGCAGCGCAGUGACCUUGAAGACUUCUUCUACGCCGCCUUAAGCGAGGUGCGGCAGCGCGUGAUUGAGGAACGCCGUCAGCAGCUGGCGAGAGGUCCGUUGGACGCAGCGAACGACUCAAAGGUCACCGCCUUUUCUCCGACGCAGACCGCGUCGACGGUGUUGCGGUUAGAAAGCAAAGGACAGCUCCUCAUUGUGGGCAGUCCUGGCGGGCUGCCGGCGACCGCAGCUGCCUUCGCCUCCUCCUCUUCCAACGGCAACUGGACAGUGGAUCGUAAAGGUUUUCCACGCCGCGGGGUGGCGGCCACCGCGCGGCACGGUGCGACAGGGGCAGCGGCCAGCGUCGACUCCCCUUCUACCCCCGCCCUUCCUCCCGUGGCAGCCACGUCACGAGCCCCGCGCUCCGCACCGCCGGCAGCCCCGUUAGACAACACCGGUACGCUGGUCGCUGUGCCCAGUGCGAUGCCGGAUUACUUGCGCCACGACAUCGAUGCCGGCGUUGCUUCUUCUUCUUCACCGUUAAACGGGCAGUGUCGGAAUGGUAUUCUCCCGGGCAAUUCUCCAUCACGACUCGCACCGGCUCCGCCAUCGCCGCCUGCCCAGGAUCUUCCAGCGUCGCAUCGUCUGCCCAACCAACUGACCUGGAAGGAUCUGAAGGAAGUCGACGUGGCAUCACUGAGCUGGGCGGACAAGGAACGGGUGCUUCAACUGCUCUUCAAGCGCAUCCAAAUGGAGGGUCGGCACCGUGGAAAGGCACACGCGAAGAAGACGGCACCCAGCGCACCGACUUGUGCGGGGAAGAGCACCGUCACGCCGCCGCAGGGGGACUCGGCAUGCUUUGACAGAGAUCCAGACUCCUCCACCUUCGUGACGCAAUCUUAA